AUGGACGCAGACAGACGGCUCGCCAAAGCUCUCGAGGCCGCCAACGACGCUCUCCAACAUCUUUCAAUAACCGCGGACUUCGGAAGUCUAGACUGCACACAUAUCGACCGACUCCUUGGGCGGGUAGUCGACCUACCAACCGAGGGAAACCAAAGGAACAGCAGGCGGAAUUUGCUUGUCAUCCGACAGUGGAUGAUUAGUGAAGGCCCCGGCGUUGUGCUUCUCGAAGUCCUGGGUCAAUUAUAUUGGCGGUUGGGCGAGCUCAAUAGCAACCAGUUCGAAAAGUUCAAAGCAGCACUUCAGCAACGACAGCCAUACGUUACUUUGGUGAAAGACGCGAACGCAGUAGCGCUGGUGAUUCAGCGCAUCCGAUACAUUCAGAGAUCAAAGGCGGACGCUUGUCAAGACUUUCUGUCCGAGUUGUCGGAUCUUAUCGGCGCUAAAGGACCCGCAAGUCUCAUCAAGUAUUUCCCACUCAGCACGGUCCCCGCUGCCGCAGAUAUGGAAAACUUCCUCAUCGACUUCUAUGUCAGGGGCAUCUGCCCGGGUCGCACCGUUGCAUCGCAGACGAAUGUGUACACGUCGUUAUUACAGGUUGCGGAUACUUGCUUAAGCACACGCUACGCUAUCCUCAGUCUCUCAGCAUCAUACCUCUGCGAACAGAUGCCGAAAGACAAGGAUACCUAUCACCAAGCGGAACUGUAUUACUCGACGCAAGCACUUCAAGCUCUAGCAUCACAAAUCAGCGAUGGUCAUCACUAUAACGGUGCCCUGGCUACUAGCAUGCUACUGAUGCACCACGGCCUGAUCAAUCAAGACGACUCCCUAAUGUGCUGGUCAUGUCACGCUAAUGUGCUCGAUGCGUUUCCCCCGGAAGCAAUCACCCACAACUCUGACACCGUCAUGUUCUUGCACGCUCAGCUCAUCUUGGCACGUACCGCACGAACUUCUCACCAGUUAAGCAACACUCGGCAGCAUGCGUUCGAGACCACGAAUUGGUUGGAUAGUAUAUCGCCAAGCGAAUCUUCCAGGGCUUCGACUACUCUGGGAGUCUCACCUCAGUUGCUCUUCCUCAUUUCAUCCAUAACAUCACUUCCGACGGGCCCAUACAGACUAAACAAACUUAUGUACGCCCAAGCACAAGAGAAACAGCUUCAAGAUCUAAAGCAGUGGAGUUCAGAGCCAGAUGGGCCAGAGAAAGAAAUCCUACUCGCCACAGCAGAAGCCUUUCGCCUCGCCGCGCUCAUCUACCUGCGCUGUCGCGUCUACGGGUUCACAAGAUUCCACUCCUCCAUCCUCGAGCUCUCCGACGCACUCCAUACUCUCCUCCUUUCGCUACCAGUGAAAGGUCCACUAUACACCGCCAUCUACCCCGUCUGGCCCUUCUUUAUCGCUGCAGUCACUGCAAACUCAGACAAGCGCGACCGCCUAUACCAGCGCGUCGUACCGAUACGAGAAGGCGACAAGAACACACUCCCACCCGUGCUCAGACGUAUCAGUGGUAUGCGCACCUGGCUUGCAAACCAGGACACGUCAUGCCAGCGCGACGACGGCUGGUGGGACGAAAUGCUUAGUCCCAAGUCUAGCACCAUAGCAUUGAGCCCGCAUCUGCUGUGCUUGGGUUGA